UGAACAGGAGCGAAGGCAGAGCCUCAUGUCAGUCUGCAGCAGAGCUGCCACCGAUCACUGCUGCUUCACGUCAGUCUGCAGCAGAGCUGCCACCGAUCACUGCUGCUAUGAGCUGCGCCGCGCAGAGCUGCGCUCUCAAGGAGCUGCGCUCUCUCAUGCUCAGCCUGCUCGUCUCCGGCCUCUCCCUGACGCUGCUGCUCUUCACCUACAGCAGCAGAGCAGCAGGCGGUCACCGCAGCCUGCCCGCGUCACGGCGCUGUGUGUCGCUCUGCAGGUCAGACCUGACCUUCCAGGCCGUCAAUCCUCCAGAGGUUCAAACUUCAGCCCGGCCGACGGAGCCUUACAGCAUGACCGCAGGAAUGACAGUUAUCAGAGGACAAACAGCCCAGCUGCUGAGAAUAAACGGCUCCAGGACUCUCCUCACAUCCGCUUACCUGGAGCAUCGCACCAAAAGGAAAGAGGUUCGGGUUAUUGCCAUAAUGCUGCGCAGUGAGAGAGUGAAGCUCCUCUGCCACCUCCACUGCCACCACCAGCUGCACGUCUCCAGCGCCGCCGUCAGGAUCCACGGGGACCACUUCCGCUUCCGCUUCGGCACGGCGGACAUCUUGUGUCCCGUCCCCUCGGGAUGCGAGACGCCUGCUUAUGUCGCCGUCACCGCGGCUGCCUCCAAGAACAAAGAAAUUGAUCAUCUUGAGUUUCUGGAGGUUGGAAAUCAAGUCGAACAGACGAGCUUUCCUUACAACUUCACCUGCUGCUUCUCCGCUAUGUACGACUUCACCAACGUCCUGCAGCUGGUGCAGAGUCUGGAGAUGCUUCAGCUUCUGGGAGUCAGUAGAGUCGUCGUCUACAAGACCAACUGCAGCGCCGACGUCCAGCGAGUUCUGGACCACUACUCAGAAAAAGGUCUAGUGGAGGUGAUUCCUUGGUCGCUGUCCAAGUACCUGAAUGUUUCUCGAAAAGCUUCUCCUCAGCAAAGUCCUGGUGACCUUCACUACUUCGGUCAGAUCCCGGCGCUCAACGACUGCCUGUACAGAUCCAUGUACCGGUCCAGAUACGUGGCGCUGCACGACCCGGACGAGCUCAUCCUGCCGCAGACGGUCGACAGCUGGACGGAGUUGCUGCCGCUGCUGAAAAAGAAGUACGGCGCUGACAGGUGUUACUCCUUCGAGAACAACUGGAUCCCCAUGGAGUUUGAGUUGCCGCCUCCGAAGCCCAGCGCUCUGCCUGCAGUGGACCAGUGGCAGAACGUGUCGGGGGUCAACAUCCUGGCUCACCUCUACAGAGAACCCUUCAUCCCCAGCAGAAGGAAGCACAACGCCAAGAUCCUGGUCAACCCCAGAGCGGUGUUUGCCACGUCUGUCCACAGAGUCCUACAGCCACCGAAAUCCUGCAUCUGGGUUGACAGGAAGUUGGCCCGGAUGUACCACAUAAAACCUCGAGGACCGCCCAAACACGAGGAAAAGCAGCUGAUAUAUGAGGGCAGACUGCUGGGCUACAGCGGCCAUCUUAUCCCUGCUGUCAACGCUGUUCUCAAGCAGACCGGACUUCUACCUGAGUCGGCGUGAACUGGACUCUGUGGAUGUCGCCGUGUUUACUGAGAGCCGCCAAGACCUGGAGGCAGAAAUGAUUUCACACAACAAGCUCUGGAAAUGUGAAGCUCCUCCUGACAUAUCACUUCAUUUUACCUCGUUCUGCUGUGACUGUGUUGAACUUAUGGCUUUUAUUAUGUCUUUAUUUCCUUUGUGUGGAAAGUGCUUGAGUUAAAAUGAAGGCCAGAGCAGAUUUCUGCUGCUGCAAAACAUAAACAGAAGUUAGUUUCUCACAAAAGACUUAAUAUAUAAAACAUUUUACUGUGAGAUCAGUGCCUGUGUUUCAGUCUCACUUUAAUUCAGAAUAAUAUUCUAAUAAACCUGACAGUGAUUUUCAUCUUUAA